AUGAGAGAAUUCAGGCCUGUGAAUAUCCUCCUUCUCAGCUUCUUCAUCCUCGGAAUGAUCAACGCAACCAUGAUCAAACCUGUGGCCGAAAACGCCAUCUACCGCCUCGCUGGCCUAGGGGGAAUCCUAGCUGGCCAGACCAUAACCCCAAAAUCGGAGGGUAGUGCUCGCGAUGAGCCCCAGCCUCGUGCAUGGACCGUACGCUCUGGGGUGUAUACUCCGCGCGAAGUGGUCGAGGGCUUUGCUUCCCUUCUAGACACGGUCGUCCACCGUCUAGGCGAGGAUGCCCCAGAUAAGAGACCCGCCAGGGCAUUACUCCUCGACAAUGUUGCCUCCAACUUGGCCACCCACACUAGGGAAUCCACCCUGCCCUUCCAGAAGGAUGUGCCCGAUCUCUCGCGUAAGGAGAUGAAGGAGCAGGCCGAUCGAAUCGGAAAGACCCUCGUCAAAUGGGCGCGUGAGGCUUCCACUGGCCCAUUCGACCCAGAACUCGACAUCCGCAGCCCAUGCGAGAAUCAUCUGCUUACCCCAGUAAAUGUCGACCUCAUGUUCGGGCAUCGCAGUCGGCCACACCUGAUGCAGCUGUUCAAUGAAUACAUGCACCAGAUGGUACUGCUUCGUGAUGCUCUCCUGCCGUUCCGAAACUUCGAUGAGGUCCUGAUUCCCAUCGACGGCAAGGCUGCCCGGGGAAUUCGUCAUCUAGAGCCCAGUCGGGCGCAAUUCCUGACAACCCUUGUCACCAAGAGCGUGACUCAGGUGUCGGUCCUAGCAUAUGCUAAAGCGCUUCUGGCACCAGAUCUGCCCCGAACCGACACCGGUGGUUAUGGUUUCCAGUAUGAGCAUGGCACCAUCCUGCCCGCUGUUCUGAGCGGCGGAGAUACCCAUUUCCACUUGCUACAGUAUAUCCCCGCCAAGCUCGAUCCAUCUCAGAAGGACAUCCUGUUCGACUACGAAUUUCCUGAUUAUUAUACUGCCCCGCGUCCGGAGAUUUCCCCUGGAUCCGAGGUGCCGGCCGACGAUUUGCUGAAUUUCCCCUCCGAGUCCGCAUCUCCUGUGGUUCAGAAUGCCAGUCUUGGCCUGGUACCCUCGACCUACUCCACUCCUAUCCGUCAACUAGAGCUCCGCCUCGAGUUUAACAACGGAAAGUGCAUCGGUGUCGAUAUCGGUCAGAUUGCCCGCGGUCACCGCUACGCCUACCAGGCCCUUGUGGGCAAGGAGGCAGACCUCCCAGCUCAGUCUGCUAUUGUCCACUCGGCCCUGGACAUUCUCUUACACCCCGAGCGUGGUGUUAUCACCGCAAAACAGGGCGGUGUCCAUGUUAUCCCAACCGUGGAGCCCAUCAUUGCUCUCGCAACUCUUGGCAAGCUGUAUCCGGAGAACGUUGUGCUCCUGCCGGAGAAUGGUGAUCUCGGCCAGACUAAAAAGGCUGGUAAGGGAUUCGAACCCAAAUUCAUUGUCUGGGGUGGUGUGAAGCAUGGUGGCUUUAAGGGACAUUUCUGA